CGUAGCCCUUGCCCUCUGAACUUUGUGCAGUAGACUAGGUGGCGCUGAGCUCGCUGCGCUCGUGGGCACGGUGCGGCCGUGCAGCAGUCGGGCAGCGGCCCCCGCCGGUAACCGAUCACCAAUACAGGACUACGUUAUUCAGAACGCUGUGUGAGAUCGCGGACCGAGAUCGCGGACCCGGAAGCUGGAACGAACUCAGCCGCGGAUACUAGCGGCGUAACAACUUGGCGACGAGGAUGAGAUUCGUUUGGUGGUGAUCUCGGAAGGAAAAGUGGCGUUCUCACGGAUUUGGCGUUCUGGUGGUGCGGCACCGGUGGCCGACGCGGAUAUACGUCACUGGGAAGUGACAGCGUCGGGACUCGGACAAACUCCUUUGGCGUGCUGGAUGGUGCAGUGCGCGGCGGUCGGCGCGGAUAUACAUCACGGUGAAGUGAUAGCGUCGGGCCGGGUGAUAUUGCUUAGUGCUUAGUUCUGCUUAGUGCUUAGUAUUUUUUUUUAUACUGCUGCAUAAUUUUGUGCAUUAACGCUGUAAGCUCUGCCGCUGCGUUUCGCUGUAUCGUUGUUGGGAACAUUUGUAUUGCACCUCCGUGUUGGGUGAACAGUGGUGCGGGCGGCGACGGCGGCCGCUGGACUCUGAACUUUGGACUCUGCUCGGUGUGGCGUGACUGGUGAGUCAGCGCGGUCAGUGCAGUGUGCAGUGCCCGACCCCGGUGCAGCCUCGGGGCGGUGGCAAACAUGGCGGCCGGACUGCCGAGCGUGGCUCCUUUUGCAAAGGGGAUGGACUUUAGCCGGUGGCUGAAGGGUCUGGAAUUCUACGCCGAGGCGAUGGACAUAACAGACGACCGGCGGCGGACUGCAGUCCUGCUCCAUCUAAUGGGGCCCGACAUCCAGGACGUGUUCAACACCCUGCCGGAGCCGGCUGCAACGGCUGCAACGUCACAAUACGACACCGCUGUGGCUAAACUACGCCAGUAUCUACAGCCGACGUCUAACCUUAUGGCGGAACGUGUAACGUUCCACCGCACGAGCAUGUACGCCGGCGAGUCAUUCGACGCGUACCUGGCUCGUUUGCGGGCGGUGGCUGGGCGGUGCGGGUUCCCGGCGGCUGACCUCGACCGUGAGCUCCGGGACAGGAGCGUGGCCGGCGCGACUCCACAAAUUCAGGAGCGACUGUUGCAGACGGUCGGAACCAAAGGAGACAACUUUUCACUGCAAGAUCUCCAGGCUACGGCUCGUGCAUACGAGCAAACGCAAAUGCUAGUGACGCAGUUCCGUAAUGCGUCUCUGAGCACGGACGGCGUCGGACGGUCAACUACCGCAUUGGACGAGCGGCCAGAGGUCGAUGUGGUGACCUCGGGGCCGGAUCAGCUGAACGCUGUCCGGCCACAGCGCACGGCUGACGGUAACCGGAGCCGCCAGCGGCGCACGGUCCGCUGCUACCGCUGCGGUGCGGCGGGACAUUUUCAGCGGGACUGUCAGAACAGCCGACGCCCGGAUGAGUCAGCGCGUGCGGCACCAGCGUCACGGCGGCCGACGGGGCCGGGGCGCCGGGAAUCUGACACUCGUGGAUCCGACGGGGUCAGACCGGCACCGGAGACGCGGCGGUGCUACCGCUGCAAGCAGAUCGGACAUCUGCGCAGUCAAUGCCGACAGCGGACUGCCACGGCGGACAUGUGGGGGCUGGGGCAGAUAAACGCUGUUAACCUAACGGAGGCGGUUAAAAUGACUUUACCGGUGAACGGGGUGGCCAUCAAAAUGGUGGUGGACACCGGCAGCCCUAUCACUGCUGUGGGGCGGGACACGGUCAUCCCGCGGCUGCGACUGAAACCUACUCAGCUGCAGCUGUCGUCAUUCACUGGUCACCGGAUCCCUCUCCGGGGUGAGGCAGACGUCUCUGUAAGGUUUCGCGGUCGGGACCAUCGACUGCGACUGGUCGUGGUGGACCUGCCUGGCGAUCGCCGUCUGCUAGGCCGCGACUGGCUGCGGGCUCUGGACAUCAGUGUGGGCGGCGGAGAGACGGCGGUGAUGGACGUCACUCCGGACCGAGGGACGGCGGACCUGGAGGCGGUCUGUAACAGGCACAAUUCGGUGUUUGACGGCACACCGGGGCGCAUCAGUGGAGUAAAGGCGCACCUGACACUGAAACCGGAUGCACGGCCGGUGUCACGGCCGGUGCGCUCGCCUCCAUAUGCACUGAAACCGGCCGUCGAGCAGGAGCUCGACCGCUGGGUGCAGGCCGGGAUCGCGGAAAAAGUCGGUCCAAACGACGCGCCCGGCUGGGGAACACCACUGGUGACGGUGCCACGGGCUGAUGGCGGUGUGCGUCUGUGCGGUGAUUAUCGACUAACGGUAAACCCGCAGCUGCAAAUGGCGACGCAUCCUACGCCAUCCGCCGAGGACAUCUUUGCGAGCGUCCGAGGACGGCGGUUCUGCAAACUGGACCUGAAAGACGCCUUCCUGCAGCUGGAGCUCGCGGAGGAAUCGCGGGAUAUGACAACAGUCGUCACGCACCGAGGACGGUAUCGGAUGAAAUCCCUACCGUUCGGCAUAUCGGCGUGCAGUUCGGUGUUUCAGGCCGCAAUCGAUCACAUCCUGGAUGGCAUAGACGGGUGUGUGGCCUAUCAAGACGAUCUGCUGGUGACGGCGGCGAACAUGACGGACCUGUGCGAGCGCUUGGAUGAAGUGCUAACUCGGCUGGAAGCUCAUGGAGUGAAGCUGAAACGGGAGAAGUGUCAACUUGGACUCGACGAGGUGCAGUACCUCGGCUGGCGCAUCUCAGCACAGGGGCUGCGUCCAGUACAGGAGAAAGUUGACGCAGUGAUCGACAUGCCGGACCCUAAAGAUGUGAAAAGUCUGCGCAGCAUCUUGGGGAGCAUCAACUACUACCAGCGCGUGCUUCCCAACCUCUCCACGGAACUAGCGCCGCUGUACGAGCUCUUACAGAAGGGCGCCACGUGGAAAUGGACUAAUGUGCACAAAAACGCACUGGUCAGAGUGCGGAAACUGCUGGCAGGGGACACAGUCCUAAAGCGGUACGAUGCAGAGGCGCCGCUCAAGCUCGUCACAGAUAGCAGUGAAGUCGGCGUGGGAGCCGUGCUUCUGCAGCCUGACGAGGAAGGACUGGAGCGUCCGGUGAUGUACGCCUCUCGGACACUCACAAAAACGGAAAGGAAGUAUCCGAUGGUAGAGAAGGAGGCGCUGGCGGUGUCUUUCGCCGUCAAGCGUUUCGGUCAGUUUCUCUACGGCCGGAGGUGGACCCUGGUUACGGACAACAGGGCGCUCUCGCGCAUCUUAAGUCCGGAGCGUGAGCUGCCAACGCUGGCUGCGGCCAGGCUCCAGCGGUAUGCGCUGCAGCUCGCGGCUUUCACCUACGAUGUGGAGCUACGUCCAUCAGAAGACAUGCACCUGGCGGACAGUCUGUCUCGUAUGGCAGUGCCAGGCGGAGAGGUCGAGCCAACGGAUGCUGAAGACGACAACAGCGGCGGCUCGUACCUGCUGUUCAUGGACGGAGUAGCUCCAGUUCUGACGGCCAAACAACUCGCGGCGGCGACACGCCGCGAUCGGGUACUGUCGCGCGUCCUGACGUACGUGCACAGUGGGUGGCCCGGACAGGUGGAGCAGGAGCUGGCCCCGUUCCGUCAGAGGCGGGAUGAGCUCUCCACGGACCUGGGAUGUCUGCUCUGGGGUGGCAGGACGGUGGUUCCCCACUGCCUUCGGCAACAGGUGCUGGCAGAGCUGCACCAAGGUCACCUGGGCAGCGCCAAAAUGAAAGGUGUGGCGCGCCGAUACGUAUGGUGGCCGGGCAUGGACGCCGAGCUGGAGGCCCUAGCGCGUGACUGCGCGGCUUGCAUGGAAAAGCGCGGGGCACCACCGCGUGCUGAACUACACCCUUGGGAACCGACGGACAGCUGCUGGUUCAGGGUUCACAUCGACUUCGCUGGACCCUUCCAGGGCUCUUUCUUUCUGAUAGUGUAUGACAGCUACUCGCGCUGGGUGGAGGCAGUGCCGAUGCGUGAGACCAGCACGGAAAGCACUGUGCGUGUUCUGCGCGAAAUGUUCGCCAGGUUUGGAUUGCCGGUCCAGGUGGUCAGCGACAAUGGACCCCAGCUGACCGCCACUGCGUUCUCCCAGUUCCUGAACUCGAAUGGGAUUCGGCACAUCAGGACAGCGCCGUGGCAUCCAAGUAGCAACGGGGCGGCGGAGCGCGCAGUUCAAACCGUAAAGAAUGGCUUGAAAGCUGCACUCAAGGACGGAGGAACGCUUUCUCAGCGCCUACAGCGGUUCUUGUUGGCAUACCGGGUGGCGCCACACGCGACCACGGGGAGGUCUCCAGCGGAAAUGAUGUUGGGACGGAACGUGCGAACCAACCUGGACCUCCUAAAGCCGGAUGUGCAUGUGCGGCAGCGCGAGGAAAAACUUCGCCAGUGGCAGGCCGCUAGGCCAGGUCACAACAGGCAGUUCUCGAUCGGAGACCACGUCUGGACACGGGCCUACGGUGGACCGUCCAAGUGGCGGCGGGGCGUCAUCACCGCCCGGACGGGCCCGCUGUCGUUCGAAGUGGACGUGGGGAGCGCGAUCUGGUCGCGGCACGCCGACCAGCUGCGUCUGGCGGGCACCCAACAGGUUGCUGCAGCGUCCGAUGGCGCGGAGGAAGUCAGCCGGCAGCCGACGGUGGCAGCACCGAACCGUACUGGACAGGUUCCGGUGGCACCCACGGGGAUGGGCGAACCACCGGUGAUCAUCAGACCGGGGGUCAUCGUCGGGUCAGGUGUGACCGGCGGGUCGGAAACGACGGUCAGGUCACCGGCCAAAGACAGGCCGGGGGCGACGGGCAAUGAUGCUGUGACAGCACCUGCUACCGCUACCGGUGGCAGCUCCGAGGAAGCGCAGGUAGCUGCAGGCGGCGACGCUGGUGCCGAGGAGGAGGUCAGCAGAGGGGGCGGUGCGACCUCAUCGGCGACAGGAACAGGAGCUGGAUCAGCAACUGGGGGCAUCGCUCAGCGUGUUUCCGUCAGGCAGCGGAAGCAGCCGCGUCGCCUCAUAGCCGAAAUGUGACG